AUAGCAGAUACUGCACAGAGUCACUGGUCAUGUGGUCAGUACUGGUGAAAUCGGUGACAACUCUGCCAGUUUUGGCUGAUGGAGCGGCUCUCUGAAAUGUGUGUUCUGUUCACAGACCUCGAUAAACCAGCAUCCGGACAGCAUCCGGGAACUGAGCGACUCUAUAGUAAUUUACUUCCGGGUUUAUACGUCACGGUCCUUGUUUAUAAACUUUUCCGGGUACUGGUGGGUGUCUAUCUAUUUUACCCAAUGAACUACAUAUACAGUUAAGUUAUUUUAUUUGUGAAGAUCGGGAGUUAAGCAACAUGACUACCGGCCAAACAUUCUGCUUUAGCUUUUAAAUUCGCGUCGAACACUGCGCCCAUGUAAAACAGGAAAAGUCAGAAAAAGAGCGUAACGUUGCCCGAUGUGUGAGACGAUGUGUGAUUCUCUUGAUUUCCACGCGCAGCUAGCUGCCAUAAUCGAUGUUUUAGCAAAGUCUGCCGUUGCAGAAAUAAGCAGACUCGUAGACGAUGGUUACUCGCUUCUGCGCUUGGAAGUCUCUCAAAGUCAGAAACAGAACGAGGCUCUGAAGAGGAGAUUGAGGAUGAUGGAGCAGAGGUUUGCUCAAGCGUUGAUCCAGAUUGAGCGAGCCGGAGUGCACGAGAACUUCCUAAAUAAUCGCACUGGGGUCCAUAUUUCAGAAAGAUCAAAGAAAACAACAGAGGAUUGUUCGCUAACUGACGAGGGAAAGGGGGAAAGGAUGAAUGUAACACUAUGCAGCGAUGGAGAGCUGGCAGCCGUGCACGAGGAACCCUCUCCAGGACAGCCUGACGUCACGAGUCCCGUGCAGCUACUAGAGGUGGCAGAGACGGAGGCUAAAUUAACCCUCAUUAAACAGGAGAAGCCCGAAGAGGACCUGCGAAACGGAGCGGUGGAGUGGAGGGCAGGCAGCAGGGAAAAACGUCCCGUUGAGGAAACGCAGAAUAAAGCAGCGAAUCACACAGAGGAGCUCACUGAGCAGCACAGGACCAGACGCGCUGUUUGGGAGGUCAGUGGACUGGAGUCUGUCCUAAAAGCAGAGGGACAGAGCGAGUGUGUCGAGACACUCCAACACAGAGGAGCUGAACACAGGGCAGGAGGACUGAACAGUCUGGACUCUGAGUUUGUCAUGUUCGAAAGACCAGGCCAGCUGGGGUCCUACUGUACACAAGGGGGCGCUGUGACGGAGACAGAGGAUCCGUGUUGCUCUUACUCUGCAGAAAUGGACCCAGAGGGCCUGUUGGGUCCGUUCACUGAAGGGCAAGACAGGAGUGGAUGUGAUAUGAACUUCAGCACGUCGGACAGCGUUCAGACACACCUGGGGGACAUCGCGGGAAAGAAGCCGAUCGUUUGCAAGUACUGCGGGAGGGGAUUCGCUCGCAGAAACGCCCUGGAGAUCCACCAGCGGGUCCACACCGGCGAGAAGCCCUUCAGCUGCCUGCAGUGCGGGAAGCAGUUCGCCCACUCCGGCAACCUGAAGGUGCACCAGAGCGUGCACACGGGGGAGCGGAGGUUCCGGUGCGCGCUCUGCGGGAAGCGCUUCAUCUCGUCCAGCCACCUGAAGCGGCACUGGAGCGUGCACACGCGCGAGCGCCCCUUCAGCUGCGCCCAGUGCGGCAAGCGCUUCUCUGACGCCGGCAGCCGCAAGCGGCACCAGAGCGUGCACACCGGCAGGACGGCGUUCGCCUGCGCGCCGUGCGGCAGGAGGUUCGCCUCCUCGGGUCACCUCCGACGGCACCGGCUGCAGGUGCACGUGCCGGACGGCGCCGUGGAGGAUCCCUGGCCUCAGGGGGGAAACGAGCCUCUUUCUUUGGGACAGGGAGUGAAGUAUCCAAUGUCGAACUGUGUUUCCUUUCAUACCCAGCUAGCCUCCAUCAUGGAGGUGCUGGCGAACGCGGCCGUGGCAGAGAUCUGCAAACUCGUAGAUGAUGGCUACGCGGUUCUACGACUGGAAGUGUCCGAAAGCCGAAAAGAGAACAAAGCUUUGAAGAGGAAACUGCAGCUGAUGGAGAUGCGGGUCGCGAGAGAUGCCUCUGUAAACAACCGACCUGACAGAACUAAGGUCUGCAGCGCACUAAGACGAACCACGAGAGAAGAGGGCCCUUUCCCAGGUGCACAGAGGGUUUUCCGCAAACCGACGAACCGGGGUUUGACUAGAGAUGGAGAGGCUGACGUCACGGCCGUGGAUGGAGACGGAGCUCCGACGCACCCCGUGGUCACGUGGGACGAGUGUGUAGACCUGGAGGAGGAAAGGUCAGAGUCACUUCCUGUCAAAGAAGAGAAACAGGAAGAGGAGAGUGACCCACUGAAAGGACCCCAUUUUCCUGGAGAGAUUGUGGAUUUGGGAGCCGAAGGAGGCAAAAGAUCCCCAGCGACAGACUCACAGACCGGCCCGGGAAAAGGCACAGAGGAGCUCACGGGCACUGAGCAGCACCGGACCCGACACGGUGUUUGGGAGUGUGCAGACACGGAGGAGGGAAGGGCUGAAUCGCUUCUGAUAAAGGAGGAGAAACUGGAAGAGGACCGAGACCCACAGAGUGAGAUGAACUCCAGGCAGGAGAGGGCUGAGGAUUCCGGCUCUGAAGGCGAUGAUGUGGGUCAGGCAGCCAAUUACCCGGAGGAGGAGGCGAGGCCCGUUUGGCAGGUCGGCGGGCUGGCGGCCGUCCUGGGGGAGGAGCCUAAGGGACGGGGCGUGGCCAGGGGGCUGCGGGGGCACGCGGAGUGCCUGAUGUUCGAGGGGCCCGGACUGUCCCGGCCAUUUUUCUCCCGGGGGGGAGGUGAUGGGGACAGCAUGGGGAUGGGGGGUCCCCCGUGCCCGUACGGGAUGGCGGGCGGCCCGCUGGCCCCCCCGGAGCUCCCCCCCCCUGCCGCGGACGACUCUGCCACCUCUCUGGCGUCCUUGGGCCCGCUGGACUGGAAGGCCGACCCGGGGCUGAUCGGCUCCAAACUGCGCCCGCAGCUCCCCCUGCUGGCGGCCGGGGAGAACGCGCAGUGCGGCUCCGACGGCUUUGGCGGGAGCGGGUUUGGCCAGGGCGGCGUCGGCGGCGUUGGCGGCGCUCACGGACGCGCCGGCGGGCGGGAGAAGCGUUUCUUCUGCUCGUUCUGCGGGAAGGGCUUCAGCUUCCCCAAGCAGGUGGAGAUCCACCAGCGGGUGCACACCGGCGAGAAGCCCUUCAGCUGCACGCAGUGCCGGCAGCGCUUCUCCCACUCCGGCAACCUGAAGAGACACCAGCGCGUGCACACGGGCGAGAAGCCCUUCAGCUGCACCCUGUGCGAGAAGCGCUUCUCCCACCUGCACCAGCUGAAGAUGCACCAGAGGAUCCACACGGGGGAGAGGCCCUUCGCCUGCGCGCACUGCGGGAAGAGGUUUUCCGAGAGGAGCUACCUCAGGAUACACCAGCAGCGGAGCCAUUCCGGCGUGUACAACGUCCGAUGAGGGGGCGUAAACCUGAACUGGCUAAAGGAAAACCGUGAAGUCUGUGUUUCCUAGAUGCAGGGUGUCAGAGGUUGCAACUUGGUGUACUUCACACUUUAAUAAACAUUCGAAGAUGCAUGAGUUUAACUGUCACAUCCGUCAGCUGCUGAGUUCCAGUGCUGCAGCGCUGGAGAGGGAUGCACGCGUGAAGGAAGCAGCUGCAUUACCAGUGAUUUGCUGGUCUGAACCAAUCAUCGCUGUGGGGAUCAAAGUCUUGUGAUUGGUUCGUACAGCGUGAAUCAGUGAUUGAUGGUCCACGGUGGCUCCACCCUCAGUCAGGAUCAAGAAGCCCUUGUUCUUACGUCAAUAAUGGACAGUUUAAAUUUGAGUGGAUAUUUCAAACUGACAAGCAAAUCCAGGCAGUGAUUUGAACAUACCCCGGCAGAUUUGAGCUGCUGUAGAGCUGAAGGGGUGGGGAGCCUGCCUGUUUUAUGCUAUGAUAGUCCUUGUGUGGUUACAUGUCAUUAUUCUGACCGAAAGUCAGUUCAUCUGGGGCCUGUAUCAGGAAGCAGGACUACAUUGAGUAAAACUCGGAUCCCUCCCAAGUCUGGAACAUGGACUGAAGUAGACUGAAAAGAGCUGUUCUGGGGUUUACUCGACACAGUUAUCCAGCUAACUCCAUAACCCAAGCGGGUAUUUCACAAAGCAGGGUUACUGAGUUAGCUGGAUAACUGCACUGAGUAAAACCCGGAACAGCUCUUUUUAACUCAGUCCAUGUCCCGGAUUUGGGAAGGUCCCGGGUUUUACUCCGUGCAGUUAUCUAGCGAUCUCAGAAAUAAUCCUGCUUUGUGAAACAGGGUCGUACAGGCGUUUUCAAGUCAGUUGCUAAUCCAAAGACAACUAUAUAUUAUUAGAACGCAGAAGAAUGAAAUUGCCAUCCCAGUAGAAGGUGUUCAUGGUGUUUUUAUAGUUUUAGCAACCAUUUAUAACUGUGCCUUACUUCACAUUAAAUUGUUUGCAUAUUUUACCCCCACUGUACACUGUGACACACAAAAGACAGCAUGAUUUCCUUUGUCAGGAAUAAGGUACAUGCUUCAAAGGACAAUGAAAGGGACGCUACCGGUCAAAAGUUACUACAGAGAGCUGUGUCAGUGUCAUCAGUAUUAAAAUACGGAAAUGCAAUAAACGUUCUCAAGCAAGGGUUUUAAAUGUGUUGAUUUAUCAGGAAUAAACAAAUGAAUGUC